AAAAAUGAAGAACUGCAAGGGCAUUAUGACACGAGAUAUUCAGAGGCUGAAACCAUCCCGGUAGUCUAUCUUUCUUCCGAGAUUGUCUGCAUGUCAGAUUUUUCAAGACCCUAAAGUCGCGGCGGUGGUAGCAGGAAUACAGGAUGGAGUUCGCUCUUCAAAGACACCUAUUCAGCAAUACGACUCAGCGUGUAAUUGAAAACGCAGAAGAAAGUUGCAGACUAGGAGCUGUCAAUGUUUUUUUUUAAAAAAAAUGAUUCUGAGAGCUUUACCUAUCCGUGACUUCAUAGGGAAAAAGGCGUUUCAACAGCAUAAUCAACUAAUAUUAUAUCCUCCGGCAAGCUUAGGACAUGUUUCUCUUCAGGCGAUGCAUAGCACUUCAAUUUUCCAUGGAGUUCCCUCAAGGAACAAGCAACUGAGGAAUGCGCCUAAGCAUCUGACUUGUGCUAUGAGGAGGAGGAGAGCGAACAUUCCAACUGAAACUUACGUGUUAAUGGAACCAGGAGAGGAUGAGGAGUUUGUUUCAGAGGAAGAAUUGAGGAGCAGGCUGAAGGGGUGGCUGGAGAAUUGGCCAGGCAAGUCCCUACCACCCGACCUUGCAAGAUUUGAAACUGCCGAUGAUGCUGUCCAGUUCCUGGUAAAAUCUGUUUGUGAACUCGAAAUUGAUGGAGAUGUGGGUUCAAUUCAAUGGUACGAGGUCCGGUUGGAGUAAGCAGCAGCCUUCCUGAAAUCCUAAUUUCAUAUAGCUUUCCUAUAUUUGAGAUCCAGUGUGUUUAGGAUAUCCGACAUUAUCAAGGUUUUCUUGGGGUCAUUAUCGAACUUCGCAGUUACAUAUUUUUAAUUAAGCUCCAAAUCGACAUAUUUAAAUCGUUCAAAGACCUUUAUCUCAUCCA